AUGGACCCAGCCAAGUCAAGAGCGUCAGAGCUCGAAGAGGCCAAGUCCUCUCCCCUUGAUCAACAUGGCGACCUCGCACAUCGACAGAAAUUGACACGGAAUGUGUUGUGGAAGCUGGAUAUACAUAUUCUUCCCAUACUAGCGCUGCUUUUCCUCAUGUCAUUUUUGGACAGGACCAAUGUCGGCAACGCGAAGAUUCUCGGUUUAGAAGCAGACCUUUCUAUCACAGACCAUCAGUAUGAUAUCGGUCUGGCUGUGUUCUAUCUCACCUACAUCUGCAGCGAGCUGCCGAGUAACCUUGUGCUGAAGAAAGCAUCGCCGAAGAUUUGGCUCCCGUUCUUGACAGCUAUUUGGGGUAUCAUUACCAUGUGUCUAGGAUUUGUACAGAAUUUUGCUGGAUUCGUCGCUGUCCGGGCUUUGUUGGGCAUUGCGGAGGGAGGUCUUCUUCCCGGCAUGGUUUUAUAUCUAUCUUCUUUCUAUAGACGAGGGGAUUUGGCGCUGCGGAUUGGAUUGUUCUACACAGCUGCUUCCCUAUCGGGCGCAUUUGGAGGACUCCUUGCUCGUGGACUAGCCGAGAUCGGGCCUCGGGGAGGCAUAGAAGGUUGGCGCUGGAUUUUGAUUAUCGAGGGACUUUUAACAUUUGUCUGUGGGGUGUUUAGUUUCUUCGCCCUUCCGAAUAGCUUGGAGUCUGCAUCAUUUUUGACUACAGAGGAAAAAGAAUUUGGGGGGAAACGGCUGAGGCUUGAUAGUCCCGGAUCACCGGAAGCGUCGCCUGAGGCAGAAUCGUUCCAAUGGUCCGAAGUGCGCCGAGGUGUGCUGGAUCUUCAAGUGUGGCUCUCUGCCUCGGCGUAUUUUGCCAUUCUCGCCGGACUAUACUCGUUUGGAUUGUUUCUGCCAACAAUUAUCAAAAACCUCAAUUUCGCUAAAGAUGCCAACGAGGUUCAGUUGUGGUCGGUGAUACCUUAUGCUGUCGCAGCCGUACUUACAGUCGUUGUUGCCGUCAUCUCUGAUCGCCUCCGGCUCCGAGGCGUGGUGAUGCUCUUUACUCUCCCAAUCGCUAUCAUUGGAUAUGCAGCCAUCGCCAAUAUUGACUCCCCUCGUGUUCAAUAUGGUAUGACUUUCCUCAUGGCAACUGGUCAAUACGCCAGUGUACCGUGCAUCCUGGUGUGGUUGUCGAACAACUCUGCGGGACAUUACAAAAGAGCCACUACGUCAGCGUUGCAGCUGGCAAUUGCAAAUGCCGGAGGAUUUGUUUCGACUUUCAACUAUCCAGCUCGAGAUGGACCCCUCUUCCACCGUGGACAUACCAUUAUCCUUGGGCUGUUAGUAUUUGCAUGGUUUAUGAUUCUGCUCAAUGUGCUCUACUGCGCAAAGAUCAAUCGAGACAAAAGGAAUGGUAAGUAUGAUCAAUACGCAGGGUUUAAUGACGACCGUAAUCCGGAGUUUAUGAUGGUCCUAUGA